AGAAGAAGAAGAACAACAACAUAACGCAGUGCUACCAGGAAGUGUUUCAGUAACAUCCGGUAUCUAUGGUGGUUGACAUGUAGCUCGUAGCUAGGAUACCGAAACGUAACAUGUUUAGAAAUGUGCUCUUUGUCAGCAGAGCUGCGGAAAUGUCCACCUAAAUGCCCUUUGCCCGGUGGUCUCUCCUUUAAUGUUUGAGUUACUGACGCGUCGUGCUCGUUAACGAACGCCGUUCAGUCUGCAACACACCUGUACCAGGUGUCACUGGACUGCCAGGUAUGGCUGACGACCCUCAGAGAAACUUCCGCUCUGCGUAUUAUGAGAAAGUGGGCUUCAGAGGAGUGGAGGAGAAGAAAUCACUGGAAAUACUGCUCAAGGAUAAUCCUCUGGAUCUAGAAAAGCUGAGCACCUUCAGUCAGAGGUUCCCCCUCCCCUCUAUGUACAGGAUCCAUGUGUGGAAGGUAUUGUUGGGAAUCCUCCCUCCCCACUGUGACUCUCACGCUCUGGUUGGAGGCUACAGAAAAGAGCAGUACCGGGACAUCCUGGAGGCUUUGGAGGUGAUGAGAUACAUCAACUCUUCCACACCCUAUACCCACAUUUACCUGCGCAUGUUCCAGCUGGAGAGCCAGGUGCUCCCACGUUGCUCCGAGAUCUCAGCCCCGGAUGAAGAGAACGAGGACUUCCCCUCCAUCAGUCGAGCCAUGGAGGAGAUCGUAGAUGAUCCUGUCGACUGCUAUUGGCUGAUCAAGUGUUUCGUCAAUCAGUUCCACACAAAGUUUGGAGACUCCGUACCUCACCUUCCGAAGAGCCUGGAGCAUUUUCUGAGUCAGGAGGAACCUCGACUGCUGAACCAUCUGAAGAGCACCGGAGCCCUGGCUCAGCUGCCCUACGGCCUCUGGUUCAGACGCUGCUUUGCUGGCUGCCUGCCCGAAUCCAGCCUGCAGAGGGUGUGGGACAAGGUGAUAAGUGGCUCCUGUAAGAUCCUGGUGUUUGUGGCCCUGGAGAUUCUGCUCAGCUACAAGAUCAUGUUGAUGGGAAUCACCCGGCCUGAAGGCGUGGUCAAGUUUCUGUGCAAUAUACCGCAGGAAAACACAGACGCCAUUGUGACUAAAGCCAUCGACUUGUGGCACAAAUAUUGCGGCACUCCAAUGCAUGCUGUAUAGCCACGUGGAGCUACACACACUCCAUGGUGCUUUCCCAGGAUGCACCAGGAUUGGCUCUCAACUCCACUGAGAGACUAACAGACUGUGGCGUUCAGUGUCAGUGGGGAUACGUCCCUGCACGACUGUACCGAAAACUCAUCACGGGCUACUUUCAACAAGGAGGACUUGGGAGCCAAUUUUCCCCGACGAAUAUGAUGAACUAUACGAACGCAUGAACACUGAAAACUGCUGCUAUACAGAGUGGAUGCACAAAAUCUGUUUGGAAAAAGGCAAGGAAAGCAUUAACUUAUUUUUUUAAUAAGUUUCUUUCUUUAAGAAACUGCAUACAUCAUAGAAGACUCACAAUAAAUUAAUACCCACAUGCAGUUUUUCUGCUUUACAAAAAAAACAUUUGAAAAGUGUCGUUACUUUCUUUGCUAUGUACAGGUCUUAUAAUUCUGAGAACAUUUUUCUCUCGAAACAUUUUAAAACCCUACAAGAGACAGUAAUAUUACCGACGCUUGUACAUACACACAGUCACUCAGACACAGUCAUAACACACAACAGAUCAACCAGUGCUCCCAAUAAUAUGGUAAAAACUGCCAAUUCAUGAACCUAAUAUGGACUGUAAACAAUAGAAAAAGGUGGCAGGGGUUUCCUCUUCUGUACCACCAAAGGUUUGUCUCAGACAAUAAAAAAAUUAAAUACAAAAAAAA